AUGGCUGGCCCUGCUAGAGAUCUUAGGAUGCCAUCAGUGGCAAAUGCAGGUGCUACUGUUGCUCCAGUUACUCAGGCUAUGUUUGGCACCAUGGCUGGCUCUGCUAGUGAUCCUAGGAUACCAUCAGUGGCAAAUGCAGGUGAUCUGUCAAGCCAUGUUCAAAGUGCUGGUGUUCCAGUCUCGCAAGCUGUGUUUGAAUGCUUAACAAACCAUGCAAAAAAUUCCUUAAUCUCCUUGAUGAGAGAUGCAGGGAAACUUUUUAAACAAUGUGCUGCAUGA